AGCCUUGUAAUCCUCUGAGUCAUAACAUAUGAAACAAGAGUGAGUGUUCUAUAAAUGCAGUUAUCCAAUUUGGUGUAUUAAGUAUAAAAUGAUGACUUGAGUGCUUUUCAAAGGUACUUGCUUCUCAUUGUGCCUUUCUAGUUUUGGAUGUGCUUGGUGCUGGGCUACGGCAGCAGCUGUGAUGACCAUGUUAAUGCUGCAUAUCUUCUCCCCGCUUGCAGAAGCAGCUUAACGAAAGCAGGACUGUGGUUUGACACAAUCAGUGCACUUCUGCUCUUGCCAGAGAAUGACAUCCUGUUUGGCUUAAAUGGUGUCAGCAGUUUGUCUGGCUGAAUUUCAUCUUAAAUGAGUAUUUCUUACGGUUAUUAAAGGCAGGCUGUCUUGGGAUAUGGCUACAUGUCAUCUGUUAUCUGCUGUCUGGACACAAGUAGCCAUGUUAGUGAGGCUGUCCAUGGGUGCGGUAGGUUGUUGUGUGACACAGGGACAAGAGCUGGCUUGAGGCUGCACGUCCCCGGGGUAUGGAUGAAGUGUGUCUGCCCACCCCCACUGAUGCAUCACUGUAUUUCAUUCACGAAGAAUUUAAACCAUUGUUGAAAGAGUGUAUGUCAUGAAGGGCGUACGUCCCCACCCUUGUUGUGAUGUGGUUUGCUAGUCCUUAUCUCGGGUUGUACCUAAACAGAGCUAUUUUUGCCUGUGAAGUUGUCUAGAAAUUCAGAGCUCCCAGGCUGAUGAGGGAAGCAGCGGGUAGUUGUGAUCACACUCAGGCAUUUUGGGAUGGCAUCCCAGUAUCAUCCCUUUGCAUUGUGCAUCUCGCUCCAGCACUGGCUUUGCCAGGGAGGUUUGUGUGUGCCUAGUGAUUCUGGAUCCUUACACAAAGGUCAGUGAGACUUCUUGAUGACACUUAUAUGUUGAGGGCUGGGUUUGUUUCAGCUAAUUGCUUUCGUAAAUUAUUCACUCUGGUGUUACACAGCAGUGCUGUGAUCAAAGAUUAGUUCAUGCCGUCGUACAGACAGGCGGUGUCAUCUGUUUCUUUCCCUGAUAAAGAAAGUCUUGAUUCAUCUGUCAUUUGGACUUAGAUGCUGACCAAAAUCACAUAGUAUCUGUUUACCAGUUUAGAUAACUCUGAUGGACAUCUGUCUGCCGUUGAAAUAUUCUGAAUGUAUAAUUCCAGUUAAUUUUGUUAAGACUGCAGAGCUCUUCCAUCAUGAUUACUGGUGAAGUUUCUGGCUGGCUGCAUCAUUUCACUUUCAAGUGAAUGUUCUCCUUGAAUAUCAGUACCAGUCUCUUCUAUGUUUUCAAUGCAUCUGCAUGUUAUACUGGUGUUGCCCUUGAACAGAAUAACACCUGUAAGUGCUGGAAUUUAAAAGGUCUGGGCUGUUGGUAGAAGUUAAUGAGCUGUACUUGAGUGACAAUUCCAAAUAAAGAAAACCUGAAUGAAUUCACUUCUUGAUUUGUGAGCAGUUAAAAAAAAUAAUUACAGAGGUUGGCAAAAGAGCUGGCAUUCCAGGUUUAUCUGCUGUCGGACGGGGAGGGGGGUGCUUUAAUGUACUUUCUUGAGGCAUGCUCCGUCUCUAAUUUGUAAAAAUAGGAUCCUGGUAUGACUAGUUCUGUAUCUUAGUAUUCCUUAGUCUUCUGUUGUCUGACCUCACGAUUUUCAUACACUGAUUUUGUUUUUUCUACUCUUUAACACAUCUGAGAUGCAGCUGCAGCUGUGGUUGUGCUGCCGGCCCCCAAAGGCCGGACCUGCUGGACGCUGUUGUGCCCAGGCUGUGGGUUUGGGCAGGGUAGCAGAGCCCAGAGAGGUGGGGUGUGCUGCCUUGUUCUGUGGUGAAUGAGACCAACCUCGUUUGCUAGGAAUGAGAAGGGCAAGUAAUCUUUUUGGUUGGGAAUUAACAGUGAACGUUCACUUGUUUUGGAAUGUAGGGCUCUGGCUUGGCUAAAUCUUUGUGCUGCUUUUAGCUGGGUGACUGUAUUGAAGUUUGCUAGUAAAGGGGAUGGGAGCAGAAGUCUUGGUAACUGUGUGGUCUUUAAGAUGUAAAAAUAAACAAAGCUGAGAAGCUGUACCCUACUUAAAACAGACUGACCUAAAUUUUCAGCAAUUCUAGCAGAGAGGCAGGCUCUGGGUAGGGAUAAAGGCUUACUGAUGACUGGCUUCCUUGUCCAUGCAUCACUUGACAUGGUUGACAGGCCACUUUUGGAAAAUCUCCACUGGUAUCUGGGGUCACUCACUGCCUGCCCUCCCCUUAAGUUGCACAACCCAGGCUGUGGCUUUCCGUUGCUGUGCUCGUGUAGAGAGAGUCCCCUUGUUAUGCAAGUCAGCAGUUCAGCAUCUUCUGGGAAGUUAUGGCAUGAACCACUUCUCAAAUUGCUUUUGUUGGAGCGUUGUUGAAAAGAUGUUUGAUGUCCUCUGGCUGGUCCCUAAAGAGAUUUUGUUUGAGAGUGCAUAUGUGUCUGUGAGGUCCAUUCAUACUCUUUUGUUUGUAGAUUGAUGUUCUUGCUAUCAAUUGCAGUUCUCCACUACUGAAUUAUUAAUUCCGCAGUGAGAUUUUUUUUUUCUUCUUACUCUUCGUUGACUUUCAUGCUUGAUUUAUUCUUCUGUGUGAUUUGAAACUGGAGCAUGGGAAUUUUGACGAAUAUUAACAGAUCACACGUAUGACCUCAAUGGUGGCUAAAUAAACUUUUUUAAUUGGGAAAAGGACAUCUGUCUUUCAAAGUACUCACAGUUGCCCAGGUGAAAGGUUGUCCUUUUGUGAACGUAUAUUAUCCUCAGAGGCACAUUGCUUGUUAUUUAACGAAACUGGGAUGGUCAGACAGCUGGUGGAGUGAUUACCCCUGUGCCCCGGAGGCAGUCCUAUGGGUAGUGUGAAGGGAGAAGGAGGGAAAAGCUUGUUUGUAGAUUCUUCUGCUAAUGUGGCUUUGUAGCUGAAUGCUUUCAUGGCAGAGAGCCUGCCUUUGAUUAGAAAGCAUUCCCCUCGGUUGUUCUUGUAGGUACUGAUGGUCUGCCAUGUUUUGUUCUUUGUUUUGUGUUUCUGUGUGUGCUUUUUCCUGCAGGGAGAUAAUAGGAGGUGAAUCGCGUAUCCUUUUGGCAACCUUCUGUUAAACUUGGAAUACCACAGUUCAAGCAAUUGAACAGAUGGAUAAUGGAGACUGGGGAUAUAUGAUGACUGAUCCAGUCACGCUAAAUGUGGGUGGACACAUGUACACGACAUCCCUCACAACUCUAACGAGAUAUCCUGACUCAAUGCUUGGGGCCAUGUUCAGGGGAGACUUCCCCACUGCCAGGGACUCUCAGGGCAAUUACUUUAUUGACAGAGAUGGACCACUUUUCCGUUAUGUUCUUAACUUUUUAAGGACCUCAGAGCUCACUUUGCCACUGGACUUCAAGGAGUUCGACCUACUUCGGAAGGAAGCGGACUUCUAUCAGAUUGAACCGCUAAUUCAAUGUCUUAAUGACCCCAAGCCGCUGUAUCCCGUGGAUACCUUUGAGGAGGUGGUGGAGCUGUCCAGCACCCGGAAGCUUUCCAAGUACUCCAACCCGGUGGCUGUAAUCAUCACGCAGCUCACUAUCACGACAAAAGUCCAUUCGUUACUGGAGGGCAUUUCAAACCACUUCACAAAGUGGAAUAAGCAUAUGAUGGACACCAGGGACUGCCAGGUUUCCUUCACUUUUGGGCCAUGUGAUUACCACCAGGAAGUAUCGCUCCGAGUCCAUCUGAUGGAGUACAUCACAAAGCAGGGCUUCACGAUCAGGAAUACCAGAGUUCAUCACAUGAGCGAGCGUGCCAAUGAAAACACAGUGGAGCAUAACUGGACUUUCUGUAGACUGGCACGGAAAACAGAUGACUGAUUCUGACUCCGCAGGAGCCACUUCAGUGAUUAGCAACUUAAUUGGACAGUAAACCCAAGAGAGUCUGGAUUUUGACUAAAGCAACAAUGUGGGCUUUUUUUAUACGACUAUUUAUUGUUUAUCAGUAAGGACUGGAGGAGUUUCGUUCUCUAGCAGCUCUGUCCUUUUGUCCUGUUCAGAAAAAAACCAUGCAUGUGCCUGUUCAGUCAAGACACCUUUUUGUUUGAAAGAGGGAGUCCGAAGAAUUAGUACAAUAGGGUAUUUUGUGUCAUUAACACAAUUCUCUGACGCAACUUAAAGUGCUAAAAUUACCUCCGUUUAAAUGGUUUCUAAUCCAUCUAAUGCUACAACACUGGGAGCAAGAAACAAAAAGAAUUUAAAAUGCAGUUGGGAAAAAGCUGCUAUCAUGUAGACUAAUUUAGUUUCUAAAUCAAUAAACACUAUUGUAAUAUUCUAGGAAAACAAAUCCCACCCUUUAAAAGUACUUGAUAAGUACAGUUUCUUACAGUUAUGACAACUGUUUCUUUCUAUGCAUAUAAAUCAAGCAACCAAAUAUUAUCUGUAGCCAUGGAAAUAUGAUUAGAAAUAUUUAUAUUGGAUUCUAAAUGCAAAAUGUCCCUGUGGUAGAAUUCAUAUUUUUAAUGCCUGGUGCAAUAUUAUUCCCAAGUGUAAUGCCUGCCAGCAAGAAGCUAAUAAAAAUGUGAAAUACAGAA